UCAUAUUCUUUCCUUUUUUUUCCCGUGAAAAUCAUAUAUAGAACCCUCUUACCUAUCAAUACGGUUGUGCCAAUUCCUUCCUCCAGAAAACCUAAGCAAGAAAAGCCAAACCCUAGGCAAGCAAAAAUGAAGUCAAUUUUUUUUGGUUUGUUCUUCUUCAUCUUAUGUGCUCAAGCCCUUUUGAGCUCAGGUUCUGAAAGCUCAAUCAAGUUAAAGAACCAGGAUUUCAAUCUCUCGAAUCGUCUUGUCCAAGGACUGGAUGUUCAAGGUGUGAGCCAGACUUUUACUGGGCGGUUGGGCGAGAGCGAUGAGGUAACAAGAUAUGAGAAGAAUGAAAACUUGGUGUAUUCAAUGAAGGCGAAAGGGAAGGGAGCUUUUGGUGGUGCAAAUGUUGUUCAUCGCCCACGAGAGUCUCGAAACACAGCCUUAAGAUCAGUAAAGCCCUCUCUCUUUGUUACAGCCAUUACUGCAUGUGUUACCCUUGGUUGGUUCCUGGGUUGGUCCCUUGCUUCCCCCUUCUGAGUACUCUUGAGUCUGAGGUCAUCAUUUGGUUAAUUACUCAAACGAGUUCAACAAACUAUGAUCGAUGAGGCUCAAAAGAAGGAAUGGUUGGUUCUAAUCUCUAUCUUUUCCAUCAGAUAAAGACUAAUAUUAUAAAUGUUUAAUUAGGACUAUGGUAUUGACUAUGUGAUUUUAUCAAAUCAUCUAUCUGAGCAGCACCCUUAGCAGUACGGAGAUCCUUCAUGGUGAUUAGGGUUUUCAUCUAUAAAAAAGUUUUGGAAGUGUAUAAACUAAGAAGCUAUGGUAUUUGAUUAUGUCAGUUUUUGUCCCUUUGUACAAAACCUUCCCUCUUUAUGGGAAGUUUGGAAGACCUAAUUCUGCUUGGAUUGUAGCAUCCAAUAAUGUUAUUUAUCAGACAUCUAAUGUGCAAUGUGCUUUUGUACUCUAAUUUAUAAUCAUCUCUUUUGCAUUCUA